ACACACAUACGCUCAAUCACACUCAUUACCUACACUUAAAUGUAUGAGUUUUUUGUAUACAUUUUUUUUAAAAUCACCAUGACAUAGUAUAUUCUUCUGUUUCCCCUUUUCAAAUUGUUCAAACUCAACAUUUUGAGUGGAGAAAUUUAAGACGUCAAACAUUCACAUUAGUUAUUCUCGUUUUGACCAAGACAAAUUUACGAUGAUUUUUAAAAAAUCUAUAAAAAAAGUCGGAGCAGACAAUGGUCAUGGUGACGACCGAACACGUUCUGUGGCCGCAGAAUCGAUCGAAUCAUACGAACUCCGGCUAGCCGCAGCCAAUCGCAAGCUGUACGAAGCCAUGGCAUCAAACGCAUCACUUCAGGGUCAGCUGGACGUAGUCAAUGCAUCAAAUGCAUCACUCCAGGGUCAGCUGGACGCAGUCAAUGACAAGCUGAACGAAGCCAUGGCAUCAAAUGCAUCACUCCAGGGUCAGCUGGACGCAGUCAAUUACAAGCUGAACGAAGCCAUGGCAUCAAAUGCAUCACUCCAGGGUCAGCUGGACGCAGUCAAUUACAAGCUGAACGAAGCCAUUGCAUCAAACCCAUCACACAAUAAAUUGACAAAUUUUGGUUGGAAGGUUUUGAUAAUCAUUUUGGCAGCUACAGCCAUAGUUAAAAGAGCUUAAAUUACAAAAGAAAAAUAAAUAAUUUUUCAAAACAAAAAAUUUCAAAUAAAAAACUCAAUGUUAAUCAG